AUGGCACCCUUGCGACAAGUUGCCGUGCUACGAAUGUACAUCCAAACCGUUUCUAUGACAGGAGUCGGCGCAGGAGCACCUAUUGGUGGGCUAAUUAUUAGCUUGGUGGGCUGGAGAUGGUCGUUUCUGGGACAGACCCCAAUACUAUUUUUCUGCCUUGUCAUGAUCGCAUGGAAACUUCCCAAGGAUUCCUACUCAAAAGUCCACCAAAAUGGCGCACAGGACUGUCAUUUGGAGAAAAGGCGUAUGGAUGUUCUCGGCAUCGUUCUUCUGGCAGGUGCUGUUUCAUCAUUCAUUCUUCUUUGCAGCGCGUUCACAGAGACUUCAACUUUGGGUAGGAUCAGAUGGGCACUUGUGGCCGCCUUAAUUAUUUUCGGAGUCCUUUUUGUUAUUGAUGAAGCAUUCUGGGCUAAAGAUCCUUUGAUUCCUCUGGAUUUGGCCGCGACUAAUGGAAUAGGCAUUGCAUGGACUGCACAAGUCCUGCUUAAUAUUGGUCUCUUCAGUGUUGGUCUAGACUAUAGUCUCUUCUACAUGACGCCCGCUAACUUUUCAAUUCCUAGAUGA